UUUUAUGUUGGUAUUUCUGUUUAGUGACAAUUUUAUUUUCUGAAAGUUGGUAUUCUUCGUAGCAAAAAAAACUGUUUGGCUCGAUGUUUGAUGAGGUUAAUAAUUUACUAUUCCAAUUUGCAGUAUUUGUGAUUGCAAUUUAUUUAUAAAGUGAGUAUUCGUUAUGCGAACAUAGGUUAAGCGCAACUCGGAUCCUGAACGUUUUGUUUCCUUAGUUACUAUUCAACACAAUCGAGCAAUUCACCCGUUUACUACUCAAGAAAUUCAAGUAUCUAAAAAAGCGAUCUUCUAGCACCCCUUUAGAGAAAUAAACAACCCUCAGUUGUGAUAAUGAGCAAAAACAAGAAACCAACUUCUGACCCUGAAGAGGCUCAAGAAGAGUAUGUUGUUGAAAAAAUAAUCGAUAGUAGAACAAAUGAAAAAGGCGUUACAGAGUAUCUAUUGAAAUGGAUUGGGUAUGAUGACAAGGACAAUACUUGGGAGCCUGAAGAAAAUCUGGAUUGCCCUAGCUUAAUUAAAGCAUUUAAAAUGGAAAGGUCAAUGGAGAAGGAGCGAAACAGUAAAAAAAGGAAAGCAGAUGAUCCUAAGAGAACAGGGAAAGACGACAAGAAAAUACAUGGCUUUGACAGGGGAUUGCAGCCUGAAAAAAUUAUUGGAGCUACUGACAGCUCAGGUGAUUUAAUGUUUCUCAUGAAAUGGGUUAAUGCUGAUGAAGCAGAUUUAGUUCCAGCUAAGCUGGCCAAUGUGAAAUGUCCUCAAAUUGUCAUAAAAUUUUAUGAAGAGAGGCUAACAUGGGCUGCACCUGUAGCUGAUGAUAGUAAAGAAUAAUAAUAUUAAGUUUAUUUUGUUAUGGUUUAACUAAUUUUUUGUACAGGGUAUUUCACAACUUAUCUGACAAAUUUUAAUCACAUAUGCACUGUUACAAAAGAAGUUGAUUUCUCCAAAAAAAAAAGUUACAAAAAUCGAGAUGAUAUAAACGAGAAGUAGCUCGCGAAUUUUGUCAUGCCCACCAAUUCCUCAGUGUACACAUGUGCCAUUUUUAUUAAAAAAUAACUAAAAACAUAAACUUGCAAAAUACUUUCUUAUUUAAAAAUCGACCGUUCUUUUUGAGAAAUCACUGUUGUUGUUUUUUGAGAAAUCAACUUCUUUCGUAAUAUGUGGUUAAAAUUUGUCGGAUGAGUUGUGAAAUACCCUGUAUUUGAUUUGUAUGAUGAGUUUACCAAAUAUUGAUAUUUAAUUGUGUAAUUUUUUCAAUGAAUUAAUAAAUAAUUAAUUAAAGAUGUAAAUAUAUGCUGGCAUGCUUAUUUUCAGAAUUGGGUCUUAUUGGAAUUUGCCAUUUUGAGUUGCUUUUUUUAGAGUAAUUUUAGUUAUAAUAAAUUCAAGCAUUGUUUGUUUCAAGGUAUACAAAAUCUGUCUUUAUUCUGUAUAUGUUAGAUUUUUGAUUAAAUGUGUUCUU